AUGGAAACUAAAAAAAUAAAGAGAAAAAUCAAAAACGUUCCAAUUGCAUUACCCAAAUAAUCCCUGACCAGAUCAGCACAAUUUGCAUCAUAAGUAAUGUAAAUAUCAUAUGAAGAAUAGCGUUAAUGCUGGAAUAAGUGUAUUAUUAAGUGGCAAAUUGUAAUUAAAUUAUCCACUAUACCAUUAAUCUCUAAUAACAUGUAGAAGAUAUUGUUAUAUCCAUCAUGGUCAACAUUUGACACUUGA